AGAGGACCUUUAUGAUUGUUAGAAAUAACAGACAGGUAAAAACUAAUUGCGUGCGCCCGUGUUGAGAAAUAGGUCACGUAAGACGCAUCGACCAUUGACUGGUCGCUGGCCGGUGGCUGAAAGUUAACUGGAAAAAUGACUAACGAGUUGGAACGAAUCAUAUCCUGCAGCAUCAUCCAUAUGACGCACAUAAGUCAAAUCCGUUUUCUCGUUGUUUUGUUUCCCAAGACAUGUAUUAUUCUUUCUCUUUACAUUUAUUUUAACUUCUACUGUAUAUUGGCGUCUUAUAUGUGUAUGUGCGUAAAUUCUCAGAAGCUGCCUCUGCAGCUGGCUGGUUACGCUCACCCACAGCAAUCAUUCAAAGCCAGAGGGUUGAGAUGGCAAACGGGAGGAUAAAGAAGGAGAGACCCCGGAAACAGUCGUCGAACAACUGGGCGAACGCACUGACUUUUCAGCAUCGGGUUGGGACUCUGAACUGAAUGGAUAGGAUAAAGGAAUUCAAAGGGAAGAUCCUUUUCAUCCUCCUUUUUGUUACUUUGCUCAUCAUCAUCUUCUUCCUUAACAAGUUACCCAGGACUAAUUGGUCUGUCCCACCACCACGUCGGCCUCCAGCCACUUCCCCCCCAGUCACUAAGGACACCAUCACUCCACUCAAAAAUACGAAGCACUUGCUGGUGUCAGCCUUCAUGGACCAGAGACAGAAAGGUUUUGACGUACGCAUCAUUGGGAUAUUUAAGAGGGACUCCAUCCAACCACUUCACUGCUUCUUCUGCUCUGCAGACCGGUUAUGUAAGGAAACCACUCCGUCGAAAAUUUUACAGCACUCAGACAACUUUGGUUUUCCCUUCGCCACGACGGAUGUCCUGUGUCGGAUUCCUCAAAACUGUGACGCCUCAUAUGUCACUCUUGUCACUCAACCAGAGAAGGAUGCUACAACUAAACAUACCUGGCUUCCCAUAAGAAACAAGAAGACCAGUGGAAAGAAUGAGAAAAAGCCGCAGUUCAACUUCACAGUCUGCGUCUCCAACCUGUUUGGGGACUUCAACAAUGUGCUUCAGUUCGCACAGACUCUGGAGAUGUACAGGUUGCUGGGUGUGAACAGAGUGGUCAUCUACAACACGAGCUGCGGCCCAGAGCUCGACCGCCUGUUGCAGAGUUACAGCAAGGAGGGCUUCGUGGAAAUGGUUCCCUGGCCCAUCGACAAGCAUCUAAAACCAUCUGGUGGCUGGCUCUUCUCAGAGCAUGGGGGGGACUUGCACUACUAUGGCCAGUUAGCCACCCUGAACGAGUGCAUUUACAGAUCCAUGGAGCGUUCGCGCUACGUCCUGCUGAACGACAUAGAUGAGAUUAUAAUGCCAUACCAGCACAACGACCUGAUGUCUCUGAUGAGCACGCUAGAGCAGCAGAAUCCGAACGCACAGGUGUUCCUCAUUGAGAAUCACAUCUACCCCAAAAAGCCUUUUAAUGAAAGUGUCAUGGGAUCCUUGCCUAAGUGGAGGGGUGUGCCGGGUUUUAAUAUUCUGGAGCGUGUCUACAAGGAGGAGCCUGAUAGAAACGUUUUCCACCCAUACAAGAUGAUAAUACAGCCGAGGGCAGUGGAGCAGACGUCAGUACAUGACGUGCUUAAGAUGUCUGGGCAAAGAUUCAAGGUACCACCGGACAUCUGUCGGAUCAUUCACUCUCCAAUCAAGACCCCGAUAGAGCUGCUGAUCGAGCAACUCCAUGUGGACACCCGACUGUUGAACUUUAAAGACCAGCUGUCCCCUAGUGUGAGCAAGGUGUUGAGAAGAUCAGGGCUGCUGAAUUCAAAGGGGAAGGAUUGAUGUAGAUGGGCACAAAGAUCAGUCUUUGUUUUGUUUUUUUCUUCUGAGUGCAAAUAGAAAUGACAUGGAAACGGAUGUGACGGUAGGCAUGCAAAUAUUUGUGUAACCCAAGGAGUUAUACAUUCAAAAUUUAUUGCAACAGACACAGUAGUAUGUAACCAGGGCUCUUAUCAUUGGAACACUGGAACAUAGUGACCUUCUUCCCUUCUUCCUGAUACGCAAAUACUUCGCAGCCCACUCAUUCUGCGAGAACAGUUCUCUGAUAGUUAUUGUGGUGUCAGUAUGUGACCUUCUCUAAGUAAUUUUACAUCCACAGAUCUGUCAAAUAACUCUCCCCAUUGGUAGGUACUGGAACUUAAAAUCACACGACAUCUCUGAUUAUCUUAACCCCACUAACACCACUCUGUUUUCCAAACACCACAGGACACCCUCAGAAAGACCAUGUCCAUUCUCUGAUGAGUCACAACUGUUUUGGAGGCACAAGGGACGGCAUUUUGGGCAGUUUGUCCAAUAUUAGAGGGUCAUAAUGUUAUGCCUGAUUGAUGUAUAUGCACAUAUAUUGCAAUCCACUGGGAUAAGGCAAAUACUAAUGUGAAGACUAUGGGCUGUGAGUAAAUUUUUUAUCUGUGAAUCUAGCAUAACUUAUCGACGUGGUUGUUGUAGCCAGUGUUCUGUGUUAUGUUGUUGCGCGUAUGUGUGUGGUAAGUUGUUUGUGUGUGUGGUAAAUUCAUUAAGUAAAUGCAUGAAACAUAUAGUAAGAAUAGACUGUCCUUUACUGUCUGUCUUGUAUGACGACAUUGGAGAGCUUCUCUUUUCCAGUGCAAAACACAGUAUAUACAAGUUAGUGCAAAAAAGAUAUUAUAUACAAGAGAGGUUUAAAAUAUUAAAAUUAAAAUAUUGAAAAUAUAAAAAUGUAUAAAAAUAUGAAAAUAUAGGUCUGGAAAUACGGCACACAAAGGUUGACAGACGACACAGGUGAGCAGGUGUGCGGACUUAGGCACAGAGGAAGCCAAACAGUUUUUCUACCGUGGGUUACCACAUAUACGGCGAGGAGAGAAUGUGAAUGUCUACUGAGGUCUUUUUACGUCUAUUCAUAUCACUUAUACAAUGAGCUCUUUUUUUUUUAAUUAUUAUUUUUUUCUUGAGAUCCAUUUUUUUGUCUUUUCUAAUAAAUAAAAAUAAAGCGCUAAAAUAAAUAAA